AUGUUAUGUUUUCUCCAAUUGAUUGCUUUUCUUCUUUGUGCGUGCGUAACGCAGGCUGUGCUAGUGCCAUUCCCUCCCAGUUUCUAUGUCACCAUCGGCACAACAAUUCCGUUUCCCUCAUACACGCCAGUGGCGCAGAGUGGUGUCAUCUACGUCUCUAACCAGACGAAGCAGUUACGCAUUGACAACUUCUUUCUCGGCAGCCAGUACUCCUUUGUUGCCGACGGUGUGCGACAGCGCGGGUACGUACUUGAGAAUCACGCCCCUGGAAGCUUGAGUGCGGGUCGUGAGGGGAAGGGUGGUUUCUGUCGCACCUUUGCCAUGGCUGGCGACGUGUCGAAGUUUGGCGUGCCAGAUGAAUUCCUGCGUCACGCGGAGCCGACGCUAGUGCGCGGGGUCGAAGUUCUACGCUACACCGGGUACGACCGCGACAGCACAGGGCCACUGCAGCAGGUGGACUACUAUGUCCGAAACAUCAGCUUCCGUCUUCCGACUGAGGUGAAGGGGGCACUACAGGAGGUCGUUUUCACUAUCCCCUGGCGCGUGCAGACGCGGCGGCGGCAGCAGGAAGUUAAGGAGCUCACGGGUGCACCCUCAACUGUACCGAACUGGCGCUACUUUGGUGGAUCCUUCUUUGACGAAGUGGCGAUGCCGGGGGAGCCCUUCACCACGGCUCUCCAGCGUCUCAUGGAAGACACGGUGGUUACGGUGGAUUUUUACAAUUUUGUCCCCAUCGCGCCAGAUCCAUCUGUAUUCACGGUGCCAUCCGACUGCGAAGAGGCCGAUGCGGAGACAAUGACCAGUGACGUGGAUAUCUCCCUCGCUCAGCGGCUUCUGGUAGACUUGAGUUUUUACACCACAGCGGGGCGUCAGGUGCUUCAGGAGAACUUGGAGUCCUAA